AAAAGAGAAUAGUCUCUUAAAGAGAUGGAUAGUUCCAGUCAAGUCUCUAGGAGAUGUGAAUUAUACUGUCAAUAUCUUCAUUCUUGUUUCUCCGGCAAUGGUGCAACCGACAAGCGAAAGCUUGUGGAGAUCCUUACAACUAGGAACUUGCAAGAGCUCAGGUUUAUUCAUCAAACUUACAAUGAGCUCUACAACCAAGAUCUUCUUCACAUCCUCUACAAUGCUCAAAGAAACAACCCAUUUGCUAGGGUAGUGUAUCUUCAUAUGAGUGAGCCACAAGCUCGUGAUGCUGAGAUUGUGAGAACUGUACUUAUUGGAGGGAAUGUGGACAUGAACACUCUUAUUGAGAUGGUGUGUACUCGCCUGUCCUUAAUGCUUCAGUCUAUCAAGCAAGGAUUUCUCUCUCUAUACAAUUCAGAUAUGGAACAGGAUCUUUCCCAUAAUAUCAAGGGUGGCUUCAAAGAGAUUCUGUUGGCAGUAUUGAAGUCAAGUAGCCACUGUGGUGGCAAAGUUGAUAUGAGCAUGGCCAUGUGUGAUGCCAAGACACUGUAUGAAGCAAUGGAGAGUGGGAAAUCCCUUGAUCAGAAGACCAUGAUAUCCCUUAUAAGCCAAAGAAGCACUGAACAACUUAAGGCCAUAUUGGUCUCCUACAAACAACUCUAUGGCCAUGAGUUAUCCAAAUCGCUUAAGCGAAAUAAGUGUGGACCUUUUGGAAAGGAUCUUUCAGUUGUUAUCAGAUGCAUCCAAUAUCCUGAAAAAUACUUUGCAAAGCAAUUACGAAGAACGCUGCAGAAUGGUGAUUCCCAAGAGGUUCUUAUUCGAAUAGUCAUUACACGCUCUAGAAUCGACAUUAAGGAAAUUAACAAUGCUUUUGCUGCCAAAACAGGUUGGUCACUAGAGAGCCUCAUCUUAAGGGUUUUCAACCACAAUACCACUGAUAAGGCUACAGGCUUCAUUGCUGAAUUUCUUGUUGCACUUCUUACACAUAAUUGACAAAAUCUAUUAUUUAUGCAUG